AUGUCACCCCCAAGCACCCUCCCCAUUAUAGCCGUCGUCGGCGCCACAGGCAACCAAGGCAGCGGCGUCAUCCAAGCCCUUCUGAACUCCAACACACCAGACGGAGGUCUCUGGCACGUCCGAGGCAUCACGCGCGACCCAAAUUCCAGCAGAGCGAAGCAAUUCCUCACCGACCACCAGACUCCCGACAACCGCCUCUCUCUCGUCCCAGGAGACACAUACGACCAGUCCUCUCUCCGAACCGCAUUCGCAGGGGCGCACGGCGUCUUCGCCAUGACGUCCGAGAGGAAUGCCGGACGGAUCCUAGAAAAGGAAGAAGAGAUGAAGCAUGAGGUUGACGCAGGGACGAACAUGGUCCUUGCUGCGGAGGAGUGCGGCGUCAAGCACUUUGUCUUCAGCAGCUUGCCGGAUAUGGUGAGCGUGACGGGGGGCCGAUAUGUCAAGAUCUAUCAUAUGGAUAAUAAGCACGAGGUUGAGAAGAUUGCGAGGGGGAGGCUCGGUGCGGCGGUGACUUGUCUUAUUCCUGGUUUGUUUCUCGCGAUCUUGCAUGGUGUCUUGUGUAGCUGGAUGUGGUUUACUGACGGCGAGGCCUGUGUAGGGUUCUUUUAUACGAACUUGGUUUGGCCUCAAUAUACCGACCGUCGAUCGGACGGGGUGGUACGAUUCCGUAUCCCCAUCCCAAGUAACCAGGUGGCACAGUGGACCGAUCCAAUCCACGACAUGGGCGCUUUCGCGGCAAAGGUAUUCUCUCUCGGCUCAAAAACCAGCGGCAAGACAUACCUCGCGCUAAGCCAGCGAGUCACACCCGAAGAAAUGGUCGCGACAUUCACAAAAGUCACCGGGCAGCCCGCGAUCCACGAGCCGAUAACCGCAGAGGAGUUCGGAGAGUUGACUGUGCCCUUGGUUGGGCCGGCGUUUAAAGAGGAUGCUACCGAGAUGAUGGAAUGGGCUGCUGUGGCGCCGGCGGAUAAGGUCUGUUAUGGGGCCUUCGAUGAGGAUAUGGACCGCUCGUUUGAGGAGCUGGGGGUGAAGGCCUCUUCUUUUGAGGAGUGGCUUUGUCGGAGUGGGUGGACUGGUCCGGCGUGA